AUGCAGCCGCUGAAUGAAAUCGUGAAUACUGACAUUGUUUUCGGGACCUCAGCCAGCAUGCGGUACAUGACCAUAUUCUACGCAGCCAACACGGCCAUCUCAGCAGCGUUGCUGGCGUUGGUGUUUGAGACACACAAGAACCACGAGGACAUCAAGCUGGGUGCAAUGCUAGCGAAUGUUCACAAUAUCCUUGUGGGUCUUAUUGAAACUGCAGCGAAAACGUUUGUGAAUCGUGCUUGCCUGGAUUACUAUGAAGAGGCCUUCUUGCGAACCGCUGAUCUCAGUCCUGGCACAAGGUCUCGCCAAGAACACAGCCCACGGUAUCGCAAAGCCAUGCUCGAUGCCUGA